AUGGUGGCCGAAGCGCGCUAUGGGCUUAAAACCCAUGGGCAUGAGGAAGAUGAUGUUGUCGAUAGAUUAAAUAGUCGAAUAACCGUCAUGGCUCUAGCAAUGUGUAUAUUUAUUUUGACCGCAAAAACAUAUGUUGGCGACCCGAUUAAUUGUUGGACGCCAGCUCAGUUCACCGGCACCCAUAAUGCGUAUACGAACAGCAUAUGUUGGCUGAAAGGAACAUAUUAUUUACCCAGUGACGAAAUCACUGUGCCCGAUCGAUCAAAACCGCGCACCUAUCAUGUGUCCUACUAUCAAUGGACACCUUACAUUUUGGUGAUCAUGUCUGUAUUGUUCUUACUACCAAAAUUUCUGUGGCAUGCGUAUACACUUCGUGCUGGACUAAAUCUACGCCGUUUAGUCAACUCAUUAAAAGGGAAUGUAGAGAAUGAGAAAGGAAUUGAACUAGUUCAAAAGAAGUUAGAAGCACAUUUAGACGCACCAAGGAGAUUACGUGGCAAAACGGGUGUUAAACAAAGAUAUUAUUACACUCGAUUGUCGAUUGUGUAUUUCGUUAUCAAACUCUGGUAUUUAACGAACUCUCUAGGACAAUUCUUCCUAUUAAACGCAUUUUUAGCGUUCCCAUUUUCUGGCUAUGGUUUCGAAGCGAUGAGAAAAUUUUUCCGUUACGAUGAUGACUGGUUUGAAUCACCAAGAUUUCCACGUAUAACAAUGUGCGAUUUUAUGAUAAGACACUUAGGUUCAAAUCAACACUGGUAUGCUAUUCAGUGUAAUUUACCAAUCAAUUUGUUUAAUGAAAAGAUAUUUCUUGGUAUUUGGUUUUGGCUGCUAAUAUUAACGAUGAUUAAUUUUGUCAAUAUGAUCUUAUGGAUCAUAUCGUUGAGAAUGCAAUCGAGAAUAAACUAUGUGAGAAAACAUAUCGACUCAUCAAUGGACGAAGUCAGAAAUAUAAAUGGAUUUGUCAAUUAUUUACAACUUGAUGGCUAUAUAGCAUUUCGAAUUAUUUCUAAAAACUCAGACGAAGUCACUGCUCAAGUUAUUCUCGGACGCUUGUACGACAAAUAUGAACAAACACGCGCGACUAGUUCUACUGUUUGA